GGUGGCUUUCUCUCGCUUAAUAUUGGCGAGAUGAAUGACGCUCAUGCCAAGUCAGCCGAUGAACUGCUCAAGUUCUUCAACGUUAGUCCUGAUGGUCUUACCGAAGAGCAAGUUAUUCAGAAUCGCGAAAAGUAUGGACCAAACGAGUUACCGGUUGAGGAGGGUAAAAAAUUAUGGGAAUUGAUAUUGGAACAAUUCGACGAUCUCCUUGUCAAGAUUCUCCUCCUUGCUGCCAUUGUUUCAUUUGUAUUGGCAUUAUUCGAAGAACACGAUGACCAAACGUCUGCAGUAACUGCAUUCGUUGAGCCGUUCGUUAUCUUGCUGAUUCUUAUCGCGAACGCUACCGUUGGUGUAUGGCAGGAACGAAAUGCGGAAGGUGCAAUUGAAGCGUUGAAAGAGUAUGAACCUGAAAUGGCUAAAGUUUUUCGGAGUGGUAAGCAUGGAAUUCAGAUGAUUCGUGCGAAUGAAUUGGUACCUGGCGAUAUUGUUGAAGUAUCAGUUGGUGAUAAGAUUCCGGCUGAUUUACGAUUGUUGAAAAUCUACUCAACAACAAUCCGUAUCGAUCAGUCAAUUCUGACGGGUGAAUCAGUUUCGGUUAUCAAACAUACCGACACAGUACCGGAUCCAAGAGCUGUAAACCAGGACAAGAAGAAUUGUCUCUUCUCGGGUACAAAUGUGGCAUCUGGAAAGGCCCGUGGUAUUGUAUUCGGUACUGGUUUGAAUACAGAAAUCGGUAAGAUUCGUACCGAAAUGGCAGAAACCGAAACUGAUCGCACACCUCUUCAACAGAAACUCGACGAAUUCGGUGAACAGCUAUCAAAGGUGAUAUCGAUCAUAUGUGUGGCUGUAUGGGCAAUCAACAUCGGUCACUUUAGUGAUCCAGCUCAUGGUGGUUCAUGGAUUAAAGGAGCAAUUUACUACUUCAAAAUCGCCGUCGCAUUGGCCGUAGCCGCUAUCCCAGAAGGUUUACCUGCUGUGAUCACCACAUGUCUGGCGUUGGGUACGCGUCGUAUGGCGAAGAAGAAUGCAAUCGUUCGAUCGUUGCCUUCCGUCGAGACGUUGGGAUGUACGUCGGUGAUUUGCUCGGAUAAGACUGGCACACUGACCACCAAUCAAAUGAGUGUUUCGAAGAUGUUCAUUGCCGAUCAAGUCAACAACGAUGAUAUUUCGUUCACGGAAUUCACUAUCACCGGAUCAACCUAUGAACCAUCGGGACAGGUAUUCCAUAACGGACGUCAUGUGAACUGUGCUAGUGGAGAUUACGAAGCAUUGACUGAACUGGCCACCAUCUGUGCGCUGUGUAACGAUUCUGCGGUUGAUUUCAACGAGAUAAAACGUAUCUACGAGAAAGUCGGUGAAGCCACUGAAACAGCGUUGGUUGUGCUGGCUGAAAAGAUGAACGUUUAUAAUACGAACAAAUCCGGUCUUUCACCGCGUGAUUUGGGUAGUGUUUGUAACCGUGUCAUCCAGCAAAAGUGGAAGAAAGAGUUCACUCUGGAAUUUUCACGAGAUCGUAAGAGUAUGAGCGUUUUUUGUGUGCCAUCUUCGGGCGGUACUGGAGCGAAGAUGUUCGUCAAGGGAGCACCUGAAGGUGUGUUGAAUAGGUGUACGCAUGUUCGAGUGAAUGGUCAGAAGGUACCGUUAACUCAAAAAAUGACGCAACGUAUUGUGGAUCAAUGUGUGCAGUAUGGUACAGGUCGUGAUACCCUUCGAUGCCUGGCGCUUGGCACCAUUGAUAGUCCACCGCAACAAGCGAGUAUGAAUUUGGAAGAUUCGGCGCAGUUUGCACGAUACGAACGCGAUAUAACGUUCGUGGGUGUGGUCGGUAUGCUCGAUCCUCCGCGUACGGAAGUGUUGAAAUCAAUUGAAGAGUGUCGUAUGGCUGGAAUUCGAGUAAUAAUGAUAACUGGUGACAAUAAGAAUACCGCUGAAGCAAUUGGACGUAGAAUUGGCUUGUUCACUGAAGAAGAGGAUACUUCUGGGAAAGCGUUCACCGGUCGUGAAUUCGAUGACUUACCACCAGAACAACAGAGUGAUGCAUGCCGUCGUGCGAAGUUGUUCGCUCGUGUCGAGCCAGCGCACAAGUCGAAAAUUGUCGAGUUUUUGCAAUCACACGGUGAAAUUACGGCGAUGACUGGUGAUGGUGUGAACGAUGCUCCUGCACUGAAGAAGGCCGAAAUCGGUAUUGCGAUGGGCAGUGGAACGGCAGUGGCGAAGAGUGCCGCCGAAAUGGUGUUGGCCGACGAUAAUUUCUCGACAAUUGUGAGUGCAGUGGAGGAGGGUCGUGCCAUCUACAAUAACAUGAAGCAGUUCAUUCGUUACUUGAUUUCGUCGAAUAUUGGCGAGGUUGUAUCAAUCUUUUUGGUGGCCGCAUUGGGUAUACCAGAGGCAUUGAUUCCAGUGCAAUUGUUAUGGGUGAAUUUGGUCACUGAUGGUCUACCAGCCACAGCGCUUGGUUUCAAUCCACCCGAUUUGGAUAUUAUGGAUCGUCCACCACGAUCUGCCAGUGAAUCGUUGAUUUCGAAAUGGCUCUUCUUCAGAUAUUUGGCUGUCGGAUCAUACGUCGGUAUGGCGACAGUUGGUGCAGCAAUGUGGUGGUUCUUGCUUUAUGAAGAUGGUCCACAGAUUAGCUACUAUCAACUGACGCAUUGGAUGCGAUGUGAAAUCGAACCAGAGAACUUUGUUGAUUUGGAUUGUGCCGUAUUCGAGGAUACACAUCCGAAUGCUUUAGCACUUUCUGUUUUGGUGACAAUUGAAAUGUUAAACGCUGUCAACAGUUUAUCCGAGAAUCAAUCGUUGUUGGUGAUGCCACCGUGGUCGAACAUAUGGCUGAUGUCAGCUAUAGCGUUAUCGAUGUCGUUGCAUUUUAUCAUUCUUUACGUCGACAUUAUGGCCACAAUCUUCCAGAUAACACCGUUGGGUUGGGCCGAAUGGAUGGCUGUAUUGCAGAUUUCAUUCCCGGUUAUUCUACUCGAUGAAAUCCUCAAAUUCAUUGCACGUAACUACGUUGAUGGUGAGAAUUUACCCGCUUCAAAGCGUGGUUUCUUCGCGAAAACCCGAAUGCGUGCAAUCCUCACAAUAAUAACAUCCAUUUGUGCUUUCUUCGGUUACUUCUAUUGGUUACUCUUACCGUAUGUGCCUCAAUUAAUGCAUGCCGUUGGUCGAGCGCCUAGGCCUUCGCAUUUUGCGCAUACCGAGUUUUGA